AUGUACAGCGCUUCGCAGCUUGUGGCGCUGGGCGUGUCCCUUGCGAUCUGCGCAGCCGCAGUGCUGUAUGCCAACUACUUUGCCGCACUGUUCCCGACACGAGAAGUCUCGCUGAGCGUCACGGAGCAGCAGCAGAUGUUAACGUCGCUGGUCUUCCACGCGUCCAAAAGCGGAGACGCUGCAGCCAACGGCGCUGACAAAGAAACACGCGAUCCUCCACGCCUGGCCUUCUGCUGCAGCGCUGAUUUGGACGUAGCUGUCCCUGCUGUUGAGCUUAUGCAGAGCGUACAGGAGCGCCACCACGAGCGUAUCGGCUCACUCAAAGAGCUCCAAGAGAGUUUUGCCUAUUACUUCUCCUCUGGCGCAGCUGCUGAGCAAAGUAUGCUCUCCCCAGAGCAGUUUAGAGAGGUAGUAGCGCUUGCCGAUGCUCUGCCACAAGUGAAGAGGAAAGUGGGCGGCAAUGCUGCUACAAUGGCCGAAAGAGCGUCAGCAGAGGGUUGCGUGGUGUUGCUGGGUGCAGCUAUGGGCAAAGACAUGAAGCCCUACUUCGUAGACCAGCGUAUUCAACUUGUGGGCCACUUGGAGGAACAUGAGCACGAGGAUGUGCAUCUGGUGCUGGAAUACUCGAGCGGGGACGAGUUCCGAGGACAUAUCUCCCCCCGUGCAAACCGAUAUUACUUGAAUCAUGACAUACACAACGCGCAAUUGUCCGUUCUCGAGGAAUUCGAGAAAUCUCUGGACGCUUUCCAGCCAGACCUGGUGGUCUUCGGUGGGCUGCAAUUGAUGGAGGUGCAGACGGAUGAAAAUGCUCGUCUGACGCGUCUUAAAGCCUUGUCGGAGGUGCUUCAGAACCUCUUUGUGGCCCGGACGCCGACUCAUUAUGAGUUUGCGGCUGUGUCGGACUUUAGUCUCUUCGAUGACACGGUUCGACUCGUGCUGCCCUGGGUGGAUUCCAUUGGUCUAAAUGAGCAGGAGCUCUUUAUUCUACACCACUACCUCGUUACGGGCGAAGAAGGUACAGCUACAACUUCGCGUCCUACCGUGGCGGAAAUUAGCGCUCAACUUCACGACGUCAUACAGUUUGCGUCAAAAGCCAAAAAGAAUUUCCAGACGAACAGCGAAGACAAGGACGCGUCACUAGCGUUGGCGCAACUCUCUCGUAUCCACUUCCAUACAUUGCAGUUCCACAUUGUGUGUCAAAAGACAGGAAGUAUGUGGGAAGACCCCAAGACGGCGCUAGUACAGAGCGCGCUUAUGAGCUCUAAGGUGGCAUGUGGCAAGCCACCAACUCCAGCUGCUUCUGACGACAGCGACAAGCCCAAGCCUAUGCGUACUAGUGCGGAGAUGGAGGUGGAUCCGGAGCGUAUCGAGAUCCUACUGGCUCGCCAGCAACUGCUGAGUAAGCGCCAGGAUCUCAAGGUGGAGCUGGACCCGUUCUCGCCUAUUGUCACGUGGCAAGAGGCCGAUUUCCAGUGCCACCUUGUGCCCAUGUUGGCCUGCAAGAAACCCGACCAUACUGCCGGCUUGGGAGACAACAUCUCCGGCACCGGUGUGGCGUACCACCGCAUCCAGAAGAAGAGUGACGCUAACAACUAA